AUUCUCUCUCUUCCUACAUGCGGGUUUUUUUGUGGGGGGAGUUGUGGGGUUUAUUGCUAUGCAUGUGUUUAUCUGUAUGUUUCCUUGUCUCUCCAUGUCUUCACUCCCUUUCUUUGUUUGUGUUUCUCUCUCCCUAAUGCUCUCUGUCUCUCAGUUCCCUUUGGGUGUCUGUCUUUCCAUUUGGCUCUUUUUCCGUGUGCACAGGCCCAUAUCACCCUUUUUCUCUCUGCCACUCCCCUACCAGGCUGGCCAACGUCCCUGGCCUUCUGCAGCUGUGAACGGCUCAGGGCAGGAGCCCCAAAGGCAACUCCCAGAGGUGCCAGGUGGGACCUGGGAACCACCGAGAGGGGAUGGGCUACCCCUGCUCACCAUCAUUGUUGCUGCUUUUGUCCUGCUGGCUGUCUGUAUAGUGGUGGCAGUCCACUUUGGGCCAAGACUACACCAGGGCCGUGCUACUCUCCCUGCAGAGCCACCAGCCCCAAAGCCAGAAGGCGGCAUCUACCUCAUCCACUGGCGAGUGCUGGGCCCCCAGGACGCUCCUGGAGACACCUGGCAGGAACCUCCUGUCCCUGGCUCCUGCCCUGUACCAGAUGGGCCUAGACUCAGCGUUGAUGAAGUCACAUGUCUGUAGGAGGGACACUUUGAAUAUUUGGACUGACCUGGCUCACAGCAAGAAACUGGACAGAGAAUUAGGGCAAAAGCAACUUGGGGUCUGGACAUCAUAGCUUUGGAAAUGCACACAUGGACUCAGCUGGAGCUGCUCUCUCGGCAGAAUAUUUAUAGAGAAAGUGCUGAUGCGGACAGGAGAAAUAAAAGAAGCUUGAGGGCUUUGCCUGGAAACAUGCUCCUGUGAGCAUUACCAGGGCCCAAAGCUGCCCUCACAAAGCUAUUCCCUGCUUCUCAGGGACCAUCAGAUCCUUGACCCUCCUUUACCAAGUUUAUACCUCCUCCUCUCAUCCCUAAUCUCCUUUGCUUUUGCUGUCGGCAUGAGUUCAGCUUGCAAGAUUCCCCCACCCAUCCCACCCCUGUGCGGGGAAUCUCAGAGUCUCGCUGUAGAGGUCCUGCCCCCAGUUCCCCCAGGUCCUGUGAGGGCUAGUCAGGGAGAGCUGAGGCAAAGAACCUACAGGUAUGCCUUCUCUGGUA